AUCACCAAUCGCCUCUGUCUCUACUGCGGCUCCGCUGGUCAUUUUGUCACCUCAUGUCCAGUAAAAGCCAGAGCUCAUCAGUAAGAGGAGGGCUACUGGUGAGCGCAACUACUCAGGCCUCUCCUUCUGGAUCACGCACUACCUUUCCGGUCCAUCUCCGCUGGCCCGGUUCAUCUGCUUCCUGCAGUGCCUUGAUAGACUCUGGGGCGGAGGGCUGUUUUAUGGACGAGACCUGGGCUCGGGAACAUGACAUUCCUCUCAGUCCAACGGUGCUGGAGAUGACAUCUUCCACGUUCUCUGCAUACAUCAAGAACCCUAACCCUGGACUCAACGAUAUGCUUGAGAAGAAACUCCUGAAGAGCCUGAUGAAGUUUGAUCAGUACCUGCUGACGCCACACCUACACGAGCUGGACCAAAACCCAGACGUCCCCCAGUCAUCACGGCACUAUCUGGACGGGAACUCCCUCAGUCUGGCUGACUGCAACCUGCUGCCCAAGCUCAAUAUAGUCAAGGUGGUGUGUAGUGACUUUGAGAUCCCUGUGGCUCUGACCGGUCUGACCCGCUACCUGACCAAGGCCUACCAGCAGGACGAGUUCCGCUAUACCUGCCCCAAGGAUUCCAAGAUCCUGCUGGCCUACCACUCGGUACCCAAAUACCUCAACAAGUAGAUCAGGAGAGAAGGAGGGGGAGAGAGGAGGGCAAUGAGAGAUAGAGAGGGGGGGGCAGACAGGGUAAAAAAGGAGUUGAAGAAGGUAUGUUUAGACAAGAGAAAAAAUGUAAAAGGGGAAAGAGGGCCAUGAUUUAUGAUUCAUGUGUCGAGGAGCAGAAAAAUAAGCCUGCUGCCUGUGCCUCAGAAUGAGGCAUAUCUGUCUUCUGUCAGCAACAUAUUUGUGUAUAACACUGUGUGUACAGAGUGAAGGUCUGCUCGUAUAUGUACGAUUACAAUGUGUGUGCAACACAAUUAUGUGCUGCCUGUUUAGUUUCUGUAGAUAUUUGCUUUCCUUGAAUUAUACUCAACUGUUAAAACAUUAAUUUUAAUAAUCUUUCAAUGUAUUUUAUGCUCACUUUAAAAAACCUAGCAAUGUGCACACUUUGUCUGGCAAUUGUAAGGAUCUGGAUGUUCUAUCCCUGAGAGACAAAGAGAAAGCAUGAUGUCAAAUGCCAAGUAAACAAAGAUAAUUGUGGUACUAUUGUAUGUGGAUUGAUAGGUUUUUCAUUUAUGAAAUGUGCCAUAUUGAAAUGGCUAUCAUAGCUAGUAGGCCUAAACCUCAUUUGAAUUGGUUUAUCUAAAAGUGUUUUCCUUGCAACCUGUUUUCAUUGCUGUGGGUGGAAUCAUAAAAUGAGAAUGAUCAAUUCUAUGGGUGGAAUAAUCACAAGUCAGAGACCACUAUGA